AUGUGUGUGUCUGUGGCAUGUGUGUAUAAACUGAACGUACGUGUCAUUCGUGGCAGCGGCUGUCAGACGGUCGAAGCAGCUGGCCCACACCCGGCUGGACGUCCUGGCCCAGAGGGCCAACUACGAGCUCUGCAUGGACCAGCCCCACAUUGCUCUUCUGCAGGAGACCAAGAACCUGAGGAAGAACACCUUUGGCCUGCAGAAGAAACUCCUCCUCUCUCAGAUGACACAGUGAGUAAACAAGGCUGUAGGGGCGACUCUGCAGUGUCAAAGUUAACCACAGACAGUGGAGUGGUCCUGGACACUGGUGAGGUUCCCACCUUACUGGGGGCUGUACCCAGGAAACUAUCACCACUGGCAGCCCAAAUUCCUGGACUGGCCCAGGAGAGUGGUGAGAGACCCAGGUCCAGUGAGAUCCUGGAACAGCUUCUGAGCCAAGGCAUCAUCGCCCAGCCCAGGGAGAGGGCCAGCGGCGAGGCAUACAACAUCAUGAUUGAUGACAGAGAGACACCCAAACGUAGGCCUACCCCUCACCUGGAGUCUCUGAAGGUCAAGAGGGACCAGUCUGUCACCAGCCAAGUGGACAUGGAGGAGAGGAUGAGACAGGCGGAGGAACGGAAGGAGCUGAACGUGAACCUGAGGCCUAAAUCAGCUGGUGUCCAUGACCCAGAAGCUGCAUCAACAUCCGGAGAGGGGGACAUGGUCAGCCCUGUGGAGGUCCUCCACGCCCCUGAUGCCCCUGAGACCCCACCCAGCCCAAGACUGAUCCAGCAGGAGCCACUGGAUCCAGACCCAACUCGGACUCAAGGAGGAGGAGGGGAUGGAGGAAGUGGAGGGGUCAGGGAGGGCGGGGGAGAGGGAGUCAUAAGUGGGCUCAGUGGGCAGCUUCUCUCAGCCUCUCUUGAGAUGGAGAAUGACUCCACAUUUCAACAGACUGAGCAAGCUGAGGAGCAAUUCUAGCACCUGGCUGGGAGCACCUUAUCUGUCUAUUGGAGCCCAGUGUGUCUGAGAAGGAGGGAGAGCAUAGAGAGAUGGUGCAGGGGGAAUUAGAGGAAGAGUGGGCAGGUGAGGUGAGGGAGAGAGAGAUCAGUGAUGUCUAUUUGUGUUUUUGUAUACAAAAGAGCCAAGUGUAUGUGCAUACAGUCUGUUUCUAAGACUUGUUUGAAGUAUGUGGUAUAAAGAGAAGAGAUCUCUGAGGGUUUACUUUACGAUGCAAAAUCAUACUGUAUAAAAAGGUGGGCAAUAUUUUUAUUUGAAAUUGAAAUCAUGAAGAUAUUUAUUUUCCAUUCAUUUAAAAAAGGUCAAAGGCCCCCCCAAUGGUGAACGUUGAGUUGAAAGCUGUUUUAGACACAAGGUGGCGGUGUUUCCAUGGAAUUAAAUGACUUCUUCAGCACUUUACAUUAUAGUUCACUUAGAGAAAGUCUUUGGUGUCAUUAUCAUAUGUAAGAAUAUCUUGGUGUUUUCACUAUAGUGUCUAAAAAGUAGGUUUUAUUACUUUAAUGUUAAUUUGGGGACAAGCACUGGGAAUUAUUGUAAGCUUCUGUGUGGUGGUGUAAUGCAUAGGAUGGUCGGACAUUCAUUGUAUCUGUCCCUAAUUUAAAAUAAGCAAUUGAAAUGAGAGAGAGAGUCAAGAACCCGACACCCUCAGCACACAGCGGGGCAAAC